UUUUUGUAUAUAUUAUAAUCUUAAUUAUUAUAUUAUUUAUUAUAUUAUUUACUGUCUCAUUAUAGAGUUCCUUAUAGAUUACUUAUACACUUAACUUAAGAUAACUUAAGUUUUACAAUUAAAUCCUUAUUAUACACAAAUAAAUUUUAAAAAUGACUAUUCAAAAACAACCAGCUGUAUUUUAUGUUAAUGCUGCUUUAUUCGAUUGUGAUGGUACUUUAGUCAAUUCAACUGGUGCCAUCAGUGAAUUUUGGAGACACUUUGGUAAAAACAGACCUCAUGUUGAUCCUGAAGAAAUUAUUAGAACAUCUCAUGGUGUUCGUACUUUUGAUGUCAUUGCUAAAUGGUCUCCAGAAGAUGCUGUUGAACCUCAAGUUACUAAUUGGGAAGGUUCAAUUCCAGAUUCUUUUGGUCAAUUUGCUAAACCAAUUCCUGGAUCUGUUGAAUUAGUUAAAUCAUUUGAUAAAUAUUCAAAAACUCAAACUGCUAAUGGUAAGCAAAGAUGGGCCAUUGUUACUUCAGGUACUUUACCCUUAGCCACAAAAUGGUUAAAGUUGUUAACUAUUGAACAACCAGAUGUUUUCAUUACUGCUGAAAGAGUUACUAAAGGUAAGCCAAAUCCUCAAGGUUAUCAAUUAGCCAGAGACACUUUAGGCUACAAGGAUCCAUCUAAGAAAGUUGUUGUUUUCGAAGAUGCACCUGCUGGUAUAACAGCCGGUAAGGGAGCUGGUGCUUUUAUUGUUGGUAUCUGUUCUACUUAUGAUCCAGAAAAAGUGAAAAAUGCCGGUGCUGAUAUCGUUGUUGAUGACUUAUCAUCUUUUGAAAUAGAAUCUUACAAUCCUGAAACUGAUGAAUUUAAAGUCAUUGUUAAGAAGUAUCAUUACGCUGAUCCAAAGUUCUUAGAAGAAAUCUAAGAUCACUCUCAUUUCUCUGUAUAUUAGUUUCCAUAUUAAAUAAUAUUUACUACAAGUUUGAUACCUGUUUAGGCUGGUUCUUUGAAUUUUUUUUUGUUUUUUUUUUUGUUUUUAGAUUAAUGGUGUUCUAUUUAAUACAUAUUAGCGAGUACCUUUAU